CUCUCUCUUUCUUUCUCAGUAUAUGAAAAUGAAGAAAAUGGCAAUAAUGAAUAUAGUGCUGCUCUUUGCCACCAUAAAUGUCGCUUUAUCUGUACAAGACGGAUUAUUGCCUAAUGGCAACUUCGAGCAAGGUCCAAAAGCAUCACAAAUGAAGGGCACAAAAGUGACAGACCCACACGCAAUACCCCACUGGGAAAUAUCAGGCUAUGUAGAAUAUAUUAAAGCAGGACAAACACAAGGUGAUAUGUUGCUUCCAGUGCCUGAAGGAGCUUUUGCUGUUAGGCUUGGGGAAGACGCCUCCAUCAAGAUCAGAGUCGCGAAUGUCACUAGUGGGACUUUCUACUCUCUGUCUUUCAACUUUGCUAGGACUUGUGCGCAAGACGAGAAACUCAACGUGUCGGUGUCGCCUAAUACUGAGCCUAAUGACUGGGGAGUGCUUCCUAUGCAGACUAUGUAUAGUAGUGAUGGUUGGGACUCCUAUUCAUGGGGUUUCUUAGCCCAAGCCAAUGAGAUUGAAAUCAUGUUACACAAUCCAGCAGUUGAGAAGGACCCAGCUUGUGGCCCACUCAUUGAUUUCAUUGCUCUCAAGGCUCUGAAAACCCCACAUAGACCAAAAGGCAACAUGUUGAAGAAUGGAAACUUUGAAGAGGGUCCAUAUAUCUUACCCAACACAAGCUGGGGUGUUCUAAUUCCUCCAAACAUUGAGGAUGAUCACUCACCUUUGCCCGGAUGGAUGAUCGAAUCUCUCAAGGCAGUAAAAUACAUUGAUUCUGAGCACUUCACCGUACCAGAGGGCAAGCAUGCCAUCGAGCUUGUGGCUGGAAGAGAAAGCGCAAUAGCACAAGUAGUGAGGACUCAGAAGGGAAAAGUGUAUGACCUUAUGUUCUCAGUUGGAGAUGCGGGCAAUUCCUGCCAAGGGUCAAUGCUUAUAGAGGCAUUUGCUGGAAAGAUCACUUUGCGAGUCCCCUAUGAAUCCACAGGUAAUGGAGGAUUCAAACGGGCCAAGCUUCGGUUCACAGCAAUUAAUGAGCGCACCAGGGUCAGGUUCUUGAGCACAUACUAUCACAUGAAGAGCGAUCACUCUGGCUCCCUGUGUGGUCCUGUGGUUGAUGAUGUGAGAUUAAUCGGAGUUCGCCAUCCAUAGAUCAGUUAAUUACUAGUAAUAUAGAAGCUUUGAUGGUUAUUACUUAAUUUGCAUCGCUUUUUCUUUCUUCUUACAGCAUUGCUUAUGCGAGGGAAUGAGUUACUAUUAAAUGUAAUGUUACUAUAGCAGAGAUGAUCCUUUCUCCAUAUUGCAAAAGAAAUUAGAGGGUUUAAAUCAUUUAGUCUUCGGUGUCAUAUCUUCCAUGUACCUACAAAAUUUCAAAAAUCAAAUAAAAUUACCUUCAUGAAUCUGCUCCCUCUGUCAAUAUUUAAUUAAAUCAAUCCAAACUCUAUAUUCUUUAUAUUUUGAUAUAUAGGUAAUUCAAACUGGCAAAAUCUAUCUUAGACU